AUAGGUCAUUCCUAUUGAUUACAGACUGGGAACUGGCUCAUUAUCUGACCUACUAUUGCUACAAUGACCACGAGACAAAGGGUACUCCUACUUGGAGCGACUGGUGAAACGGGGGGUUCUAUCUUGGAGGGGCUAUUGGCAGCCGAUCAAUAUGACGUUGAAAUCCUCGUCAGACCAAGCUCCGCAUCAAAGCAGUCUGUCAAGGAUCUGGUCGAUCGUGGAGUUCAGCUCCGUGUAUUCGACCUCUGUGCUCCACAGAGCGAAAUCACCUCUGCUCUAUCCGGCAUUGACAUAUUAAUCAGCGCGAUUGGACCGCGAGAUCUUUUACAGCAGGAAGCAUUGGUUCGAGCAGCCAAGGAAGCUGGCGUCAAACGGUUCAUCCCAUGUGCUUUUAUCACGAUCGCUCCGCCUACGGGUGCGAUGUUGCUUCGUGAUGAGAAAGAGGAAAUCUACAAUGAAAUCAAGAGAGUCGAAUUGCCAUACACCGUCAUUGACGUUGGCUUCUGGCAUCAAAUCUCCUUUCCCUCCGUUCCGUCAGGACGGGUUGAUUACGCCAAUUUUGGACCAGAUGCCACUAUCCAUGGCGACGGAGAUGCGCCGAAUAUUCUCACCGAUCUACGCGAUAUUGGACGCUUCGUGGCGAGAAUUAUUGCAGAUGAUAGAACGCUCAAUCAGUUUGUUUAUACGUGUGGUGAUGUGUUGACGGAAAAUGAGAUCUUUGGGAUUGUCGAGGAGCUUUCGGGGGAGAAGAUCGAAAGGACAUUCGAAACAUCCCAGCAGAUCGAACAGAAAGUGGAAGACGCCGUGUCCGAUCUCGCUCAGAAUCCAGACGAUCUCACAAAACGAAUGGCUGUCUGGAUAGCGCAGUAUAACCACAGCAAAUAUGUACGAAAGGAUAACCGGCCAGAUUAUGCAAAGUAUCUGGGAUAUCUGGAUGCGAGAGAGCUGUAUCCGGACUUGGUACCUGUGUCUUUCCGCGACUACUUUUUGGAGGUGCUCGAUGGAAAGGGUAAAAGGCCGUAUAUGGGCUGAAUGCCACUGGCAGCUUUUUAUCUUAGCAUUCUGCUAUUUUCAUAAUCUCAAUGAGCAGGC